GCGUAUAGUGGCUACCAUAAAGCGCAUGUGGGUGCGUUUGCAAUGUUCGUGGGGAGAUAUGAAUAAAUGAGGUUCGCAGCCAAUCAGGCUACGCUGUCGUACGAUGAGUACAACAAAAUCGUCAAAACAACCGAUGCAUGGAAUGCGAUCGAGAUCGACGAGGAGACCGAAACAUCGGACCUUGAAAUCGAAGAGCGAGUGAAACGUUUGCGAGAGGGAAUGCAGAGUGUGCCAGCAUGCAGCGUGCCGAACGAGAAUCGAGAAGAAGGUCGCACGAAAUCGAGAGGUGCGAACAGUCCAACGCGUGACGUGACCGACAGGGCGAGUUCCAUUGAACAGAUGCAAAUGGAUUCGUCUACGCGCCUCCAAGCACUUGAGAAUACAUUGAUUCAUGACAAUCGUCACGGGCUCCAGGGAAGGCAUCGCACUCUUCGAGGAAACACGGAACACAACAUGAUGGCAGACGACGAUGAGGAUGACUUGGCGGUUCCAGAUGCCCUUCCAAGGCUGAUGCCUGGUGAUGAUAUUCCCGAUCGCAUUGUGCAGGCCAAUGAACAGCCGUACUUCAUUGAAGACAAGGUGCCAGAAACGACGUCUGAGAAGUGGGGACACCAUAUUUUGUGGCACACAGACGUAUUUGAGCCAUACAUUUUCAAGGGGGAGUGGAUGAUGGCACUGCAUCUAACAUCAAGAUGGAAAGUCAAAGCCAGACAGGCAGAAGUACCGUGGCUGAAAGUGACGGAGAGCGAAAUCGUAUUCCGUGUCAAGUGCGAAAACGCUGGAGCGGACGAGGCGGCUAUUGAGGAGAAGGCUCAAUUGCUAUUCGAUUCUCUGCACGCCAGCAAUCAGCUGGAAUACAAACACAAGUUCUAUGAUUUGCCGUCAAGCCGGUCAUACAAGACCAUCGAUUGGAAGAUCGAACUUCCUGCAUGUCAAGGCAUCGAGACAAUCCAGUUGGGAUGCUCACAGCUUGGAGGCCAGUCGACGACGCACUUUGCUGCCAGUGUCGGGGAAGCGAUGAGUCAGACUAAUGUCAAGGUAAUGGGGGUGGACAAGGGAACACGAAAUGUCGAUAAAGAUCUUUCGAACGUUGCAUCGUAAGGGCCUCCUCUAUUAACUCAGACGGAAAACCAGAGUGCAUUGCAGAUGGAGAGCCCCACUCCUUCCACAAACGUGGCAAUUUCAGAUC